UAAGCGUGGCUAGAAUCGGAGAGAGAGAGAGAGAGAGAGAGAGAGAGAGAGAGAGAGAGAGAGAGAGAGAGAGACUAAAUUACAGUUGUACAGUCUGAUCACGGUGGUUAUUAUGCCUCUGCGCGGAGGAACCUCUGAGGAGAAGGAAGCGGAUGAUGCCGUUCAGAAGAUCUGUGAUGAGAUGAAACCUCAUGUGGAGGAGAAGGCGGGUAAAACGUUUGACGUUUUCGUAGCAAAAUCUUACAGGUCACAAGUUGUAGCAGGGAGGAACUAUUUCAUCAAGGUCCAUGUAGGUGGUGAUGAGUUCGUGCACCUGCGUGUUUAUAAGAUGCUGCCUCACGCUGGUGAAAAACUGGAGUUGCACGGCCUGCAGACGCCUAAAGCCCACCAUGACCCUAUUGAAUACUUCUGAACUCAAUUUUCCCUUAACAAACCACACUAACAUAUUAACACAGGCUGUGCCAAAGAGGGACCCUGUUUUCACAAAUGGACAAAAAGUGAGCUGAGACUUUUGAACAAAGACUUCUGAACUAACAAAAAGCUGAUCAAAAUGUCAGCCCAUGUUUUCAUGCUAUUACAUAAAUACUCUACAGACUUUCACAGAUACAGCUUAACCACAAAUACGUGUUAAAGGACAUAUAUGACAUACGCAAAAUGUGGAUAUAUACUUGUGUUUAUAAUGAAAUACAUUAAAUGAAAUCAAUGAAA